AUGAACCUAUUUAGUAUUAUUGAACGAACAUAUGGGCGCCCCGCCCUAAAGUUGACUCGAAGAUACGAACGAUGUAGUAAAAAGAUUGCUCGAUUUUCCAACCACUUGACCUUUCUUGUGCGUGGCAUUGAAGCGUCAGUGGUUCCCAAAGACCUGCGGGUCAAACCUCCUAUGAACACCAAAGGAGCAAGAAAGAUAGCAGAAACGGCCGCCCUCCGUUUUCUGAAAGAACGCAUCUUUCUUACUAGAUGCACGAUUGAUUCGGCAAAGACGGAAUACGAAACUUUGAAAGCCGAUAUCAAAGAGACUAUGCAAGCCCAACAUAGUACAGACAUUCUGAAGGUUAAUGAAAAUAUCUCCGCAGAUGUUUUCGCUAAAUACAAGAAAAGGCAACAGGCUAAAUUUGAAAAGUUGAUACAACCCAAAUCGAAGAAGGUCACCGCCUCAUUAGCGAAUGAGGAUAAAUGGGUUGUUAACCUAUCCUCGAGACAGAUCACCUCCACCGAGGAGCAAUUGUUUAAGAAAGGCCUCGCCUUUGCCGUGUCACCCCAAAAAUUGCCGAAUACCGAGAUAGUAGCUAAGGUCGAAACCGCCGUCAAGUUUAUUGACCCAAUUUUGGCCGAUGCCGCACGUAAAGAUGUAGAUUCUAUUCUACAGAGAGCACGUCUUCCAAAACAGAAUACCACAAGAGAGAUGCGUGAUGCUCUUAAGACACUCAAGAAUGAUGAUAGCAUCACAAUCCUUCCUGCGGAUAAGGGUAGUGCCACAAUCAUUCUAGAUAGUACCUCCUACGAAGACAAAAUGACCGAGCUUCUGAGCUCUGGUCCGUAUAAAAUGCUAAAGAAAGACCCCACAGAUCGAAUGUGUCGCAAACUGACCAAUACGUUACUGGCACUAAAGAAAGACAAAGUUCUAGAUGAGGCUACAUACAAAAAGAUAAAGCCCACACAGAAACAGCCACCUAGAAUAUACGGGUUGCCCAAAAUACACAAACCCGGGAUACCUCUCAGACCAAUAGUUUCAUGCAUAGGUUCUUUUGCCUAUAACCUAUCAAAGUACCUGGCGGACAUCCUGUCCCCUCUCACUAACUGCUCAGAACACACGGUUACCAACUCCAGUGAAUUCGCUGAAUUCACAUCGGAGCAGACAAUUAACGAACAAGAAUCCAUGAUCUCUUUUGAUGUAGUCUCCCUCUUCACUAACGUACCGAUAGAGGGCGCAUGCAGUACGGCCCUGCAACGCAUGCAAUCCGACCCCACAUUACGCAAACAGCUUGUACGCCCCAAAGACCCUAUCCCAUAG